AUAAUGUAUCAUCAAUUCUAAAAAUUAAAUUAAACUUUAAAACAGAAAAAAUUAAGAAUGACAUGUCAUUGUUCAAAGAAGACUAAAUUAAGGUAUUUAAUCACUCUGAAGUGAGUGGGCUCUAGUUUAAUUUGUUGAAAGAGAUAUGCCAAAGGGAAAAACAAAUUAAAAAUAAAAAUAUUAAGUGUAAUACUUACCGCACAAAAUAAAGAAAAAAUUGUUAACCAUUAGAAUGAAGCAGGAACACUAGUUCUCCCACUUUGACGUUUAUCCACAACCCUUUGUAGGAACUCUCUCUCUCUCUCUCUCUCACUGAAUCUCUUCUCUUUCCUAUGUGAUUUUGCAUGCAAGCUUGUGGUUAAUUUCCACAAAAUUUCAUGCAUGACUAGGGUAUUCCCAGCACAGCGUUUGCUGCAAACGCCCAAUGGAUGGAACCAGCACGUUAAUCCUUCACGUGUUCUUCAAGAAUACAUGAACAGCUCGAUUAACGUGUCUGGAACUCCAAUUAACAUUGUGUGUGAGGCAGCCAUUGAGGUUCCUAAUGUUGGCAUCUUUCUUGGUGACAAUCCUUUAAAACACUCCUUCUCACUGGUGUUGUUCAACCUCCUUCUCGUCACCACCAUCACUCGCAUUGUUCGCUUUCUUCUCAAGCCUCUCAGACAACCUAAAAUCAUUUCUCAGAUCAUAGGUGGUGUUAUUGUUGGACCUUCCUUUCUAGGACGCUAUAGGUGGUAUCAACGUCACAUUAAACCUGAGUCAACCCAAUACCUGAUAAACAAUCUUGGAGUGAUUGGAUUCAUGUACUUCGUCUUCGUUUAUGGGGUGAAGAUGGAUCCAGGCCUUUUGAAAAAAUCAGGAAAAUUGCAUGUAUCUACAGCAAUGUUUGGUAUAAGUAUUCCCACAAUAGCAGUGUUGGUUGUGGCGCUAGUUAUGAGAAAGGAGAUGUAUAAGGACUUAGCUGCACUUUCUUCAGUUGGAAUACUUGCAGGGUACUUAGGGAUCACAGCAUUCCCUGUUCUCUUCAAUAUCCUUAGAGAGCUUAACCUUCUAAACUCUGAUGUGGGGCGAAUAGCAUUGUCGACAGCAUUGAUUGGUGAUGCAUUGGGAGUGUUCACAAUCAUAGCAUUUGAGGCAGGAAGACAAGGAGAAACAAGAGCUGGAAAUGCAUUGUGGUACAUGAUUGCUUGUGUGAUUAUGUCAGUGGUAGUUGUGUUUUGUAUUAGGCCAGCAAUGGUUUGGAUCAAUAAGAAAACCCCAGAAGGCCACCCAGUUGAUGAGUGUUUUGUGGUUGCCAUUCUUUUAGGGGCUUUUGUGAUGGGCUUUCUCACUGACAUGUUUGGGAUAGCAAUUGUGAAUGGGUCCUUGUGGUUGGGCUUGGUGGUUCCUGAGGGGCCUCCUUUAGGAGCAACACUAGUGCAGAAGAGCAAGACCAUUAUGACAGACUUCUUCAUGCCAUUUGCAUUCACAAUGGUGGGGCAUUAUACUGAUAUUUUCAGAUUGAGGGCUACUGAAUGGUCAACUUUGGAACCGUUGUUUCUCAUGGUUUUAAUAGGAUACUUGGCCAAAUUCUUUUCCACUUGGCUGGCCACAUUCUACUGGCAGAUGCCAUUCAGAGAUGGACUAACCCUCAGCCUAAUUAUGAGUUUGAGAGGCCAAGUUGAACUUAUAUUGUUUGUGCAUUUGAUGGACAAAAAGGUCUUGAGGGUACCAGGAUUCACACUAUUGGUGAUCAUGACAACAAUAUUGACUGCAACAUUCACUCCUCUGAUCUCCAUAUUGUAUGAUCCAACAAGGCCAUACAUGGUAAGCCAAAGGAGGAACCUCCAACACAAUCCCCCAGACCAAGAACUUAGAAUAGUGUUAUGUGUUCUUGACCCUGAUGAAACCGUGAGUGGCCUAAUUUAUCUACUUGACAUCACAUGUCCAAGCACAAACAGCCCUCUUUCAGUUUGUGCUCUCAGAUUAAUCCAUCUCGUAGGUCGCGCUACCCCAUUGUUCAUAGACCAUUCAAAACAAGAAGUGCCUCAAGUUUACCAUUGGACACACGCCAUCCACGCCCUUGAACAAUUCCAAGAAAUUAAAGGAGAACAAGUGAAGCUCCAAUUUUUCACUGCUGUGGCCCCAAAACAUACAAUGUUCCAAGAUAUUUGUGAGGUUUCUCUUGAACAUGGAGCUUCUUUAAUCAUCUUACCUUUUAAAAGGGUAGGCCAUCAUAAUCAUGGAGUCAAGACAGUGAACUCACAAGUACUAAAUCAUGCACCUUGCUCUAUUGCAAUUCUUGUUGACAAAGGACUUCUUGAUCAUGCCAACCCUGUAGGAAGUUCCUUUUGUCAUUUUGGACUUAGAUUAGCAGUGUUUUUCCUGGGAGGUGCAGAUGCUAGAGAGGCUCUUGUUUAUGCAGAUAGAAUGGUUUCCAACCAAGAGGUGUCCUUAACUGUGAUACGGUUUCUCUCUCACAACAAUAUAGGAGACAUUGAAAUGGAGAAGAAGCUUGAUGACGGAAUUGUGACUUGGUUUUGGGUGAAGAAUGAGAUUAAUCAAAGAGUGGUGUACAGAGAGGUUGUGGUUAGAAAUGGGGAAGAAACAAUUGGAGCUAUUCAGUCUAUGAAUGAUGGUGCUUUUGAUCUUUUGAUAGUGGGAAGGAAACAAGGGAUAAACCCUGUCCUUCUUACCGGACUAUCAGAAUGGAGUGAAAAUGAAGAGUUGGGACACAUAGGAGAUUAUGUUGCAUCUGAAGAUUUUUCUGGCACAUCUUCUGUUUUAGUAGUUCAACAACAGGUCUUAAGAGGGUGAAAUUGGGAUCAGCUACUGCAUCAUGGUGUUGGUCUCAAUGGUUAAUGUGAUAGGAAUUUUGUUAUUAACUUAGCAUUAAGAGAUAUUAUCUAGCCAUUUUCAAGGUGCCUAAUUAGAUAGCUUAAUUAACUUGAUAUAUAAGGUCUAGUGUGUUUAGGUAAAGACAAAUCAGUGUCUAUUAGAAAAAAGAAAAAGAAAAUGAGAAAAAGGGGGAAAGAUCAAGUUAUAUAUAGUUUCUCUGUAGAGCUUAGUCAAAUUUCUUCUUCCUUCAUAGUUUAUAGGAAUAGUUUGUUAGAAAUCAAUGGAUUUCUUCAAUGGGAUCCCAAACAUAGCAAAAGGGAGAAUAGGAAAAUUGAUUCCAAUAUUCAUUCAUUAUUAAAAUUGAUAAUGGAAAAAUACAAUGAGUAUGCUAUUUAUAGCAUAAUUGCCUAACUAACUAUUAACUAUCUACAAUGUGGUCCUCAUACUAUCCCUACUCACUAAAUGUGAUCCUUGUAUUUUAAUAUCCUCCCGCAAGCUGGAAGUAGUAUUUAGUAGUACAUCCAGCUUGAAAAUAGAACUAAACAAAA